UCUUUUCCUUCUCUUGGACAGAAGUAUCGGUUCUGAACAAUGGUUUUUGAAAAUAUAAUAUAUCAUACCAUUAAAACAAAAAACUAAAUUUGCCAACAAAAAGACUGUGCAGAUGAAAAAAGAAAGAAAAGAGUUUAAAAGAAAUACCUAUCGACUAUAAAUCAGCCAUAUUGUUUGUUUUUCAAGGUGAAAGAGCAGACCUUCAUGUUCCAGCAACAUGGAUCUUGCGUGUUCUGUGGUUGUGCUACUAAUGAGCUGUGUCUUUGGAAGUCCUGUACCUUCGUUAGAUGUCAACCGAGAAGGAGUUCAGCCUGUAGACGAUAGGCCUAUUCCAAUUGACAGCAACUCCACCGGACUGCAUGAAGACCGAUACGAUGAGAACACCACCCUAUGGAACCGCAACUCCACAGGAAUGUCUGAGGACCAAUAUGUUGACAAAAGCCCCCUCCUGGACAGCAUAUCCACAGGGCUGUAUGAAGACCGAUACGAUGAGAAUAGUACCCUAGCAGACAGGAACAAAACAGGCACCCUCAUGGACAACAAAUACACAAGACCGUAUGAAGAUCGAUACGAUGAGAAUAGUACCCUAGCAGACAGGAACAAAACAGGAGAUGACGAUAUUCUCCUAGCUAACAGAACCAACACAGGACUGGCUAAAGAAAACAACGAUGAGAUUAAUGGCCAAGCAUGGAACACCUUAAGAGAUGACGAUAUUCUCCUAGCUAACAGAAGCAACACAGGACGGGCUAAAGAAAACGACUAUGAGAUUAGUGUCCAAGCGUGGAACCCCUCAAGGCCUGUUGCUGCUGGAUUCCUAUAUGAAUCCACUCGAGAUGCACCUCCACUUAUAACUCGACAGGAAACCCUUCCAAGCUGUUUACUUUCGACAUGCAUAGUACACCACCUGUCCAACCUUCUGCAGACGGGCGAUGAGACCGCAGGGGACAAGACAAAAGAUAUCCACGGGCCCGGAUGAAAAAAAUAAUUGUAUUAUUAGAAUAUUAUAUGACAACAUUAUGUAAUAAAAAAUUGAUGAUAAAGGAGUGUGCACUCGUCACAAACAACGAUAUAUAUACUGUUGAGUCCUGAGAGGCAGGUCAGCUUGGUAACCAUUUGGCAGUGCCUCUAAUAAUCAAGCAAAAACCGGUCAACAGUUGGAACAACAGUCUUCCAAGAAAGUAUCACAGCCAUCAAGAUACUAAUCUCGCAACCUGCAGUUGUGCUUUGUUCUAGCAGAACAACUGGGAGGGAGAAAGCACAGAGCCUGCGCCUGACCACAGAAGCUGGAGGGAGUUACACCUUGUUCCCCGUUUGGUUUUAUUGUUCAUACUUUACAGAGGAAAACGAAUUUGCGUGAGCGAUGACUCUUUCAGCAGCGGAUUUUGAUGAGGCACAAUCAUUUCAGAGUUUAACAGCUAUUUCAAUGUUACACACAGCCAAAUAAUCAACAAAGAAUAACCGGGAGAUGAAAAUCAGAUUUAUUCCCAUAUAUAGUAAAACUGUUGAUACAAAAGUGACCAAAAGUCAUUGCUAUGGGUAAAUCGGUUUCAAUAGCCAAAAAAUGUACAUUGAUAACACUCCUUCCCACAGCUAUUGCUUUGGAGUGACCACUGGUAAGUUAUCGUUCAGAAUAGAGAAGCUAUUCAUUCCAGCACACUCUCUUCACAUAAAGAUUCAAAAAUACAUGGUUAAAUAACGAUAACUAAUGUAAAGUUCAUCUUUUUGGCACAGUUGUCACAGGAUUUUGGCCACUUCACAACCAAAUAAUAUUAUUAUCUCAACAUAAGAUAAUUUGGUUAGAUAACCAUAUUAGAUUACCUCAGUGUAAAGGACAACAAGCAGCUUCUAUUUUUGGAUCAUGGCACUAGAAAGACUAAACUAAACACAAGAGGUUGCCAUUUUUUUGUGCAAAAUUAGUACAAUCCCAUUGGCACAUUUCUCAUUCUCUUUCCCUGAGAAAUUAACUUAAAAAGUCUUGCAUACUGUGAUGUGUUCCUUGUGAUCUUGGCACUGCCACUUGGUAGUGGUAUAAAAGUUGUCACCCUCAAACCAACAA